AUGCCGCUGCAUAUCGGCUGGACAGGCCUUGAGCCUCUAUUGGCUGGAUGCCAGGGCAUCCGUGCGCCAGCGCCGUUUGCUGGUGAGUUUGGCCAUCAAGGUCAACACGUGCAGCACCGCGACCUUUGGUUGCUCACGAGACUUCAAGGAGAAGCUUACCGAGCCACUGAACACUUAGCAGUGUCGGACUUGCGCCGCGAUGAUGGUUGGUUGCAAGUCAUUCGAGCCUUGGAUACCCACUAUGCCUUCUUGCCAGAGACUGAGUUGCAUGAAGCAAUAGAUAGCUUCCUGUUUGACCUGCGGAAAAAGCCCCGUGAAGGUGCCACAGCCUUUGCAUCGAGGUUCAAAACAGCCUUGUCCCGAGUUCAAGCACUGAUAGCCCAGGAGAGGUCAACAGCCAAGACCAAGAAAGUUGGAAAGACAGGAAAGAGUUCUGUUGCCAGUGCCGAGCCCGACAAUAGCAGCUUAGAACCUAGUGAUGAUGGGUCCGAACCAGGAUCAACCAGUCGUGAGCCAGCAGCCGCCCCAGUUGAUGCAUCCGCAGAAGCAUCCGGCCAAACAGCAGGUAGUGUGCGAUCUGAAACCCCUGCACCGAAAGCCGCAGCCUCACCGCCUGGUGAUGCUGAUGAGCAGAGAACUGCCCGGAGUCAUGAUACAUCCGAGCAGAGACGUCGCCGUCAUAGCAGUCGAGGUUCCAGAGGUACGCACUCAGGUGAUAGAAAGAAAGAAGAGCUGAAAAUGGCAUACAUGCUAGGAACCGUAGAGGUUGGCCACACCAAGCCUUCGCCGAUCUUUCCGUCCACUGUUUUGGGUCAUUUGUUCAUGCGCAAAUAUGGUUUGAGCCGAGAGCAGAGAGCCCAAGUCAUCCGUGCCACUGGCGGUUCAUCCCGCUUUGCAGAAGUCGAGAGGAUUCUCCGUGCCUCCGAUUUUGAUGAAUCCCGCAGCCGUCAUGAUGAAAGACGCCCACACAUGCACCAUGGCAGUUCCCGUACUCCCCGACGGGAAUCAUAUGCAGUUGCCCACCGGGAGCACGAUGUACAUGCCAUGGAAGAUGAUUCGUCCGAUCUGCAAGAGCCUUUGACAAGUGGUUCAGGUUCCGAUGAUGCAUACAUGGCUGAUCAACAUGCUGAAGGUCCUCCUGACCAAGAUGAGAAUGAUUCUGACUUGGAGUUGCAAGAGAUAUAUGAGAUGAAACAAAAAGCCAAGAAAGACUUCAAGAAGUCAUUCAAGACCUACAAAGAAAGCCGUAGAAGGGUCAAGGAAAUAAAGAAAGCAAGACAGCCAUACUACCCAGUAGUUGCCUUGAGUCAGCCAGGUGAUAGCAGUGCCAGCACUUUGCAGCCUGCCAAUGCCUCAUCUGCACCAAAGAAACAAGAGUUCCGAUAUGACAAGUCCAAGCAGCAAAAAGUGUUUCCGCCAAAGCGUCAGCCACGGAAAGAAGAUGCCCAUUUCACCACUGGGACCGUAGCCACUGACUUUGCUUAUAUGGUUGUCACACAAGAGUGGAACAACGAAAGUCCUACCUUGGAUGUCUUGUUGGCCUCCAUUCCCGAUGGGUGUGCAAUCAUUGACACUGGAUGCACUACAAGCGUGAUAGGUCUUGACACUGCAGUUCGCUUCCAGAAACUCUUCGAGCAGAAGGGCCUCCCUAGCCCUGAAAAGUGCACUUUGCCAGCUGUUGAGUUGAAAGGCUUCAGUGGGGACCGUAGAAUCACCACCUAUGGACUGAAAUGGACAGUGAAGAUUGGAGAACUUUGGGGUACUAUCACAACGUAUGUGGUCAAUGGCCCGACACCUUUUCUCUUAUCAAGGCGAGUUCUGGAAGGGAUGGAAGCCAAUUUGGAUAUGGGGAAGGGAACAAUCAGUAGCACCAAGCAUGGUAUGAAAGAUGUGCCGUUGAAACGUGCUGCAAAUGGCCACUUCCUUUUACCGUUUUGUGAUGAGCCUUCAGAGUUUGAGCCAACAGAUCCGCCUUCGAGCAAAAGUGCCGAUGUGGACAUCUACGAUGCCACGGAUGGCUCACCUGGUGUUGUCUCCAUGUCAGAGUCCGAGACUGUUGGAUCCGAAUCAGCAGUGCCAAGCAAUGAGCCCAAUGACAAAGCCGCAGAAGAUGCCACAACAUCCAGUUCCAUGGAGAGGCGUGACAAACCGCCGUGCCGUCGAACUAGGAAGCAAGUUUUGCAACAUGUUGUGAAGAACACUAGGAAGGGUGUUGUAAAUGUGGAUAGGUUUAGAAAUGAACUUGUCCAGUUGUUUGGAAGUAGAGCCUCAGAAUGCACGCAUGCAUAUGUAGCAUAUAGGCCACGUUUGGAACGUAUUCCAGAAGAUGCUGAUAAGCAGCCAUACUUGAGAAGUAUCGCAACCCUGACCAGUGAGGGUGAAAUGUCCAUACAGCCAUGGAACACCCGUGCCGCAGGCAGUGAGAAGGCCAGAGUUGUACAGACCAACAUAGCCCUGUAUGUUUACAUCCCAGUGCAAGGUGUGCAGCUUCCGCCGAAGCCUGAAUCCGAGAAACACUCCGGAUGCCAUUGUCUCUGCUGCAGCGAAGAUUACGAUCAGGUUCUUGACGAGUUGAGAAACUGGUUAGGUCCACAAGCUCCAGCCUUAGAUAGCCCAGUUCACAUGAUCGAGGUGUUCACUGACCAUGCACCACUUGCCAGAAAAGUUUCCGAACGUACUGGUAAGAGCAGUAUCAUUUUGGGUUUGAACCAUGGACAAGAUUUCAACAGACUUCAGGACCAACGUUUGCUCAUGUACCUGUUAGCUGUUGUAAGGCCGAAACAUGUUUGGUUUUCUUUUCCAUGUGGUUGCUGGGGACCCUGGAGCCGUUUCAACAUUGCCAAGGGAGGCAAGUCAGAAUCCACAGUUUUGCAGCAGAGAAAGGAAGCAAGGCGCCACUUGCGUGCAGUUUCCGAAGCCUGGCAACUUCAACGUUUGCUCGGAGGACAUUGUCAUGCAGAAAACCCACUCACCUCAGAAGCAUGGUCCGAGAUUUUUGUAGGUGAAGUUUUCGAUGUACGCAUUGACAUGUGCAGUGUAGGAAUGCGAUGCCCCAAGACAAAUGUUCCACAAAUGUUGCGUUUAGCCAAGCGUUGCAAGUCCUCAGCGGAAAUGCAGACAGCCAUCAAGCAGUUCAAGUGUUCCGUUUGUGAAGAGCUUAAGGUGACCAACCGCGUGCUGAGACAUAUGGCCCAACGUGUCUGGAGAACCACUUCCAGACCUGCCAAAGAGGACGAAGCUGAGUUUAGAAGCCUUGCCAGAUCCCUAGCCGAAGGGAGAUUGCACCCAGAGCUGGAAAACGCAGAACAAAGUGUUUCAAGUAGGUCAGGCCAGUUUGCUGAUCUCACCAAAGAACAUGAGCCUAUGGAUGAGGACCAUGAACUGGAGGAAGAUCUAUGGGAGGAAUCUCCAGCAGAUCCAUCAACCGAUGGUGCCGAUGCCAUGGAACAACCAGAUCCACCACCAGAGGAAGUAGAGGUCAACUAUAGGAAACUCAGCGUAGAAGACAAAGCAAAGUUCGAAGUAGCCAUGAAAAAGGUACACCGAUACGUGAUGUUUCUCUCUUACGGCAGUGUGCCGGACAGCUGGCAUGGGCCGCUGGGUCCACACGGAGAUGCUGGCCAUGCCAAACGUGCCAAUGGAGACUCACAAGGUGGUUACCUGCUAGGUCUCACCAAUCCAAGCAUGCGCGACCGCAAGCAAGCACCGAUGUGGUUGGUAGACUGGGCCAGCAAAAAGCUGAAAAGAGUUGUGAAGUCGUCCACAGCGGCUGAAACUCAUGCCGGAAUCAAUGCAAUGGAUGCAAUUGAGUUCUUUCAAGCCUUGUUAGCAGAGACAAUUCAUGGUAUAACCCCAAAACAGUUCAGACUGCAGGUGCCAAAACACACCGCCUUGUUGGUUGUGGAUUCCAGAGGUUUUUACGAAGCUGCAAGCAAGUUGAGCAGUGCGUCAACCAGUGAAGAAAAGAAAUUGGAAAUCGACUAUGCCAUAGCGCGUCAAGCCAUGAAACUGCAGAAUAUCGAAAUCUACUGGAUAAACAAUAACUACAUGGCAGCCGACUGCCUUACUCAAAUGUCUCGCAAGAUGCAGAAGUCCGAUCCAAGCGCACCAUUGACGCCAGAUGAAUUCAAUGUUGUGUGCCACCUCGUGACUCGUGCAGCCAUGAAUGGACAGAGUGCCGAGCUGUUCAACCUUCUCUUUCGUGAGAAUCCUGGAUUGAGCGACCUGGUGAAAGAUGAUGUAGCCAAGGGAGCCACCGGCAGCAUGCAUGCCAACGGCAGCAUGCAUGAUGGCAGCAAGCGCCAGCGUGACGUGGCCGAUCCUUUUGAUUUUCAUGAAGGUGACAGUCCUUGUUCGUCCAAGUGGAGCGAGGUGACCAGCCAGCAUCCUGACAAGCAUGUCGGUAAGCUGACCAUUUCCAAAGUUCUCCCAGGUGUGAAACUGCAAGAGAAUGUGAAGAUCCCACUGGGGAAUGAGGUCACAGACAUCGAUGAUUGGUCCACAACCAAGUUGACCAUGAAGAAGUACGAGAGUAAGGGAUGGAGAUACUCCAAUCUUGUGGAAGCCGCCAAGAAUGACAAAGAGGUUCAGAAGUACAUGAGCUGGAUUGUGAAGACUUACGGAAAGGACAUUUCCGAACCUUGUGAGAAUCAGGCGACCGAUCUCGCCCGUUUCCUACUUCGUAUCAACUGGUUGGAAUUCCAUGGAGGUGCUGGAGGUUAUCGCCGCGAGCGUUAG